AUGAAGUAUCUACCUGUACAAGACUUCGAGGCCGUCACCGGCGCUCUCAACUUCAACACUCCCGACUGCAACGUCACCGGCGGCUGCGAUCUCUACACGACAAAAUCCACCGGUUCCGACAAGAAGCUUUACAAGAACAUCGACAAGGACCUCAGCUCCCAACAUGAAGCUCUAGUCAAGCUCGGCGCCAGCCUUUCGCCGCCUGAGCGCGAACACAUGCUGGCUUCAUCACCAUCCAUGCAGCUGUUUUCCACAUCGAGUCCCUUCGGCCCUCUCUCCGAGCUCUCCAGUCGCCGCACCUUUGCCUACAUGAUUGCUACGCUAAAUGCUUCACACCCGCACUACGACUUCUCACACGUCCUGCGCCCCGGCGACUUCAAGCGCGAGCGCAAUCUGCGCCGCGUCAUGGCCAACCUCGAUUCGAUACUACAAAAUGUCCGCCCAUCAUCAACAUUUGAGCCGACAUCGCUCAACUCAUCAUACGGAUCCGACUCGAGCUCCUUUUGGGGCCCACAGUGCUGGGCACUGAUUGACAAGGAGAUGCGUCUCAACGAGUGCACCAUUUUCCGAUACAACCCAGACACGGACCCUUUUGAGGAGGACGAGAGCGCCAUCUGGGCUGCCCACUAUUUCUUCUUCAGCCGCGCCUUGAAACGCGUAGCGUAUCUUUACGUCCGUGUCGUGCCCGUCAUCUCGUCACAAAGCCCAUCGCUAAGGCCCACGCGCGUUGCCGGGGGUCACGGACACAAGAUUGGCGUGCUGGGCGGCAGUGGCAGUGGCGUGAGCCGUUCCGCGGGCGCCGAGAAGCGUGCGACGUACUGGCUGAGUGAUCGCGACGCCGAGCUGGUAAUACCGCCGGAAGACGACGACGAGACUGUCGGCGACGGCCUGUACUGGAACCGAGGGGAAGACGGAGACAUUGUUGCGUUUUCUGACGACGACUAUGUGGAAGAUGAAGAAGACGACGACUUUGACGACGUGGAUAUGCUGGACACACCGAGAGAGAGAUUUAUGAGCGAAGACGUGGCUGGCAGAAUGGAGAUUUGA